CUCCCAAGUGCUGUACUGUGCUGACCGGGCAGGGACCCAGCUCCAUCUGCCACCUCAGUCCCCUCCACGGGGACCCAGCCCCCCCCUCCGUGUUGCUGUGUUCCCUUCACCGGGGAGCAGCCCCGCCGUGUGGCCUCGGCCCCUGUGCAGAAGCCCAGCCCCGUUUGUCACCUCUGUUACCCCUGCAGAGGCCCUGAUCUGUUUGGAUUGCGUGACAGCGGCACAGACUCCAGGCCUGCAAGAGACGAGCCUCCCUGCUGCAGGAUCAUCAUUUCCAGGGGAGGAACACGCCAAAUAACUCCAAGAGCUUUUGAAGAUGGCACCAGAUAUCCCAUUAAAUAUUAAUAUCAAGGAGCCCCGAUGGGAUCAAAGCACUUUUGUUGGACGAGCCAAUCACUUCUUCACUGUAACAGACCCCAGGAAUAUUUUGUUAUCUGAUGCCAAACUGGAAAAUGCAAGAAAGAUUGUGCAUGAUUACAGACAAGGUAUCGUGGCACCUGGCUUGACAGAAGAUGAGCUGUGGAGAGCAAAAUACAUCUAUGAUUCAGCCUUUCACCCAGACACUGGGGAGAAGAUGUUCGUGAUCGGCCGAAUGUCCGCCCAGGUGCCCAUGAACAUGACUAUCACAGGCUGUAUGAUGACCUUUUACAGAACGACACCAGCAGUGCUUUUCUGGCAGUGGGUCAACCAGUCCUUCAAUGCUAUAGUAAAUUACACGAACAGGAGCGGGGAUGCCCCAAUCACUGUCAGGCAGCUGGGAACAGCCUAUGUUUCUGCCACCACAGGUGCUGUCGCUACAGCCUUAGGACUUAACUUACUAGCAAAGCGCGUCUCACCUCUUAUAGGGAGGUUUGUUCCUUUUGCUGCUGUUGCUUCUGCCAACUGCAUCAAUAUUCCACUAAUGAGACAAAGGGAACUCCAGUUUGGAAUUCCUGUCACGGAUGAGGAUGGAAAAAGACUGGGUGAUUCAUCCAAAGCAGCUCAGCAGGCAAUUGCCCAGGUGGUGAUAUCCAGGAUUUUGAUGGCUUCUCCUGGCAUGGCAAUUCCUCCAUUCAUAAUGAAUACCCUGGAAAAGAAAGCCUUUUUAAAGAGAUUUCCUUGGAUGAGCGCUCCCAUUCAGGUUGGAUUAGUUGGAAUCUGUCUCGUGUUUGCAACUCCCCUGUGUUGUGCACUGUUUCCUCAGAAAAGUUCGAUGUCGGUGUCGCACUUGGAGCCAGAUUUGCAAGCCAGGAUCCGAGACAACAGCCCUGGCCUAGAACGUGUAUACUUCAAUAAAGGAUUAUAACUCAA